AUGUUCCGCCCAGCGACGCGCGCCGCCAUGCGCGCCGCCUCCAGCUCGUCCAUCUCGUCCAUCAGAGCUCCCGCUCAACGCAGGCUUGUCAGCACCGCUCCGCCCACCCACAGGUCGCGCAGCUGGAAGAACUCCGCCGCCCGCUGGGGUCUCGUCGCCGCUGGCAUUUACUACUACAACACGAGCAACGCCUUCGCCGACGAGCCUGACACCUUCGUGACCCCGCAUGCCGCCGCCGCCGCAGUCUCCGCCGCCGUCGACAACGAGGACCUGCCCACGCUCGAAUCGGUCGCCGCGGAGCGCAGGAAGCGCCUCGAGGCCGAGGCUGCGCGCAAAGCUCAAGCCAAAGCCGCCGCCGCAUCACAAGCCGACGCCUCUUCGCCCGAGCAGCUAGAGGCCGAGGCCGACCAACAGGGCGCCUUCAACCCGGAGACUGGCGAGAUCAACUGGGACUGCCCGUGUCUGGGCGGCAUGGCCCACGGCCCCUGCGGCGAGCAGUUCAAGGCGGCCUUCAGCUGCUUCGUCUACUCCAAGGAGGAGCCCAAGGGCAUGGACUGCAUCGACAAGUUCAAGGGCAUGCAGGACUGCUUCAGGCAAUACCCGGACAUCUAUGGCGAGGAGCUGGAGGGCGACGACGAGGACGGCCCGGCGGCCGAGGGCGUGGAUGCCGCCGUGGCUCAGGAUCUUGCCGAGACGGCGGUCCCGGCCGUUGAGGCGCCGAAGCCCGCCACCGAGAGCUGA